GUCUCCCCACCAGAGGUAGGUGGUCCACGGAACCGCCUCCGCGGACGGUCUGCCAUCCGCCUGAUGGUUUUGGUGCGUGUGCCAGACGUGCGUUUCGUCUCAUCUCGCCUCGGCCUCUUCCACCCGUGUGGACCAACCUGUGCGGUUGAACCGUGCGGACGAUUCCUUCGCCUCCCUGAGUCCAUCGGGUCCAUCGUCGCGUCUCUCCUCUCGGCCGAUCAGUCGGCCAUCGGAGUUUACCUGAUUCGCCAGUACCGCUGCCCGUGCCGUUACGUCUCUCGAUCUCCGUAUCUAUCGAUGACGCGAUUAGAAUUGUACGAGAAACGACAUACGGCGUCACAGAGUUUACACUUUCCGUUUUCGAUAAUCGAUAACGAAAGAAAGAGAGAGAGAAAAGGAUAACCAAUAACUAAGAUAUCUCUUCCGGCAGAUGAGACGUGGAUUUAACUGAACUAUGACACGACUCGACGAUGUUGAGGUUGAUCAGGACGAAUCAUUUUUCGUUCGAUUUGAUAUUCCAAAAUAACGUACAAUUUGACCCUCGAGAGACGUCUCGCGUAUACGGGAUAUGAGAAGAGCGUAAAAUCGAUAUACUCGAGAACGGAUCGUUCGAUGAGAGACAAGUCGAGGGAUUAUAAUCUGAAGGGUUUCGAAGAGUAUACCUCUUCUCUCAACACAUCGUCAUCGCCGCAUCGAUUUCUGUUUAAUAUUUCCCGGAGCCGAUAACGAAGAAUAUCUGGAUGAUCUACGAGUUCGUAGGAAUCGGUUUAAUAUCGAGAAAAAAAGAUCCAAUGCGUAUGAGGUCGACACAGGGUCGACUAAGUAGCCAUAAAGAAGAUUCGGCGACCUAUUCGACCCGAUAAAUCGCGCCCUGAUAACCCUCGAUUAAUUAUCGAACCUCUCUCUUCCUGCGACGGAAAUCUCUUACCGAGAAUCUCUUAUCUACGACAAAAAAUCCACGAGAUGCGUUUUAUAUCUCGACGAAAUUUGCUAUUAGAUUUAUCAUCGAUUAUGUGACAUUUAAGUGACAUUUUCGAUGUCGAAAACAUGUUUUUUGAAUUUGCAAAUCUUUGACAUCUAUAAUUUUCAGUUUAUUGUUGUGAAUAUCGAUCAGUGAAGAAAGUGUUUUUGUCGUGAAUUUAAUAGGAAUAAAAAUGGAUAUCCACCACAAUAAUAACGAUUUGUCUUCGAUGGAAAGUAAGGCCAGCUCAUCGAGCAACGAACACGGUGGCAAUAAUUCUUUGGACGAUGCUGUGGGCAAGCUGUUGCAAGGUAUGCGAUAUGAUUGGACGCUACUUCCGGUAACUUCGCGCGCUGGCGGACGAAGAAGCGCUCACGUGAAGCGUCCCAUGAAUGCUUUUAUGGUGUGGGCACAGGCAGCAAGGCGAAGACUCGCCGACCAAUACCCACAAUUGCACAACGCUGAAUUGUCAAAGACGCUGGGAAAAUUGUGGAGGAUUUUGAGCGACGGCGAGAAGCAACCGUUUAUCGAAGAAGCCGAGAGACUACGGAACGCGCAUAAGAAGCAACAUCCGCACUACAAGUAUCAGCCACGUCGAAGGAAGCCAAAGUCGGACGAUCAGAUAGGUAUCAUCAUGCACCGAGGUGGGCUUGCAUCGCCGGGAACCUCCCUCGAGUCCUCGGCCGGUUCCUCGGACUGCACCUACACCCGUCUGUAUCCGGAUGCUGGCGUGAAAGCGUACGAACGACCGACAACCUAUCAUGACCCGGCUAAAUCCAGCGCCUACGACCUGGCCAGACCGGUCUGGGUCAACGAAACAGUCGCCAAGUAUCCCCCUGCCGAACAUCUCAAGUCGACGUAUGAGACGACGUCGAGGAGCUACGCCGAGGUAAAAUGUCACGAGGUCGCUAAGUAUCAUCACGAAAUGACCGGCACCAAGUAUCAUCAUCAUCAUCACGAGUCAGCGGUUACCACCAAGUAUCCGGACCUGCAGGCCAAAUCUUACGACUUGCCCAAAUAUCCGGAGGCUAAAGGAUAUCCGGAUGGUCUCAAGUAUCCCGAGAUGAGCGGCGCCGCCGCAGCUGCCGUUAAAGCACCUUAUGCUUGUGUACAUGGACAAUAUUAUCCUACCGCGGAGGGAUAUACCGUCCACGAGGAAAAUGAUUAUCAGCCCCAGACCGUAUCGUCGCAUCCCUCCUUUUAUCCCUACAUAUCGGCGGCAUCCAUGACGCAACCGCCUUACUACAUGGGACCGCGAUAGAUCGCGAACCUAUUGAAGUUAAUGUGAUGUAAGACUAUUCUUACAGUCGAAAAGCUGGACUUUCUCUUCGCGCGCGGCGCGUAUAUUAAUAUUAAAUAAUUACCAGUCCAAGAGAAAGCUACUAAUAUAAUUUACGGACGUACAUGGAGAUCAAUGGGACAAUGUUUCUGUAAAAACAAGACCGCGUCAUUUCUCGGUCUAUGAAUUAUGAGACGAAUUAUUCCCACUUGAAUAUCGAUAUAACGCAUGUGGAUAUUGUCAAUUUGAUAAACUUUGAACGUAGACUAUCAUUCAUUAGUGAUCAAAGAUUUAAAUCAAUCGGAAGAUUUGUGUGCAUAAUCAAAAUUCUGUAAAGUAUUUAAAUGAUAGCGAGUGUAUUGUACUUAAUGAUGAAAUUGAUAAAUUUAUUUUAUAAAAUGAGAUAUAUA